AUGCCUACUCUCGUGGUGAGCGACAACGGGACGCAGUACACAAGUGCGGAGUUUGCAGAAUUUUGUGCAAUGAACGGCAUUCAGCACGUAACGUCCACACCAUACCAUCCACAAUCCAACGGCCAAGCGGAGCGAUUUGUGGACACCUUCAAGCGGGCCGUCAAGAAGAUCAGAGAGGGGAGAAGUACAAUAAAUGCAGCUUUGGACACUUUCCUUCUCACUUACCGAAGUACACCAAACUGUUCGGCACCGGAGGGGAAAUCACCGUCGGAGGUAAUGUUCGGUCGCAAACUUCGAACUUGUCUCGAACUACUGCGCCCGCCCGCUGUGUGUGCUCCAGCUACCGAGUCAGCCGAUAACAACAAACAUAGGUUCUUUAACCGAGCUGAUCCUGUCUUUGUUCAGGUGCACGUCCGAAACAGCUGGAGAUGGGCCUCUGGCGUGGUUGUUGAGCGCAUCGGUACCGUGAUGUACAACGCGUGGGUCGAAGAACGUCGUAUGCUGCGAUCUCACAUCAACCAAAUGCGCAGCCGUGCCGGUCUAACACCAACCGUCGGGCAAUAUCCUAGGCAAACUAGCAACCCGUUGCCCUUGGACGUCCUUUUGGAAGCAUGGAAUCUGCCGCAGUCACCACAAGUGCAACCUUCUUCACCAUCAGUAUCGGGAAGCACAACGCCUACGCAGAUGUCGCUCGAUAAAUCAACACUCUGGGAGCCGUCUAUUCGUGCGUCGGCCACGCCGUGGCGUGGAUCGCCACCAGAGUCAGAAUCAUCUUCGUCAUCCAGUUUAGAAGCAUCAACAUCUUCCUCAUCAUCGACCUUUGCGCCGUUCAACAUAAUCGGGUCGACUUCAAAAGCAGAAUCGGAGGUUGGUCUACCACGCCGUUCUUCGAGGACUCGAAGAGCGCCUCAGUGGUUCGAUCCAUACCACCUCUAUUAA